UAUUAUUAUUAAUUAUAAACUAUGUAACUAAUAUUAUAUUUAAUUUAACAAUGUGUGUAUAUUAUUGUACAGUGUGAGUGACUGUUGCCACUGGUGACUUCCCAGUCCUGGUCAGCUGUGUCCCUCUCUCUCCCUCCCUCUCCCUGUCUCUCUCUCUCUCUCUCUCUCUACUGUGCUGUGUUGUUGAAUUCACCUGCAGCUCUCUGGCUCCUCAGUGAGGGGAACUGACACGCUGUAAUUACUCUGUCCAGAUGAUGCAGUAGAGUCUCCUAAUGGACUGACCUGCACAUCAUGUACAUCUGGCUCUGUGAUGGCUUUCGCUUGUCUUAAGUGCAAAGACCACAGAGCCAAACACAGCUCCACGAAGCUCUCCACACCACAGAUAGAGUAAGUGCUGGAUAAACUCCACCGACUCCACAUGACCGACGGACAGAUCCGGGAUUUCGGAACAUUUAAUGAUGAUUGACCAGACUUAGUUGAUGGACUUCAGCGCUGACCUUUGACCUCCAGCCAAUGAGUCCCCAUUUCUGACUGGUGAAAGAUGGAGAAGCCUGCGUUUCUGCUUUGUGUUUGGUGCGCUACGCUGUAAACAAUGGAGGCGUCUGGAUUACCUCCGACAGCAGAGCUUAACGAAACUGAACUUAAUGAGACAUUGACUCAUGGCCACCCUAUGCAUCUGGCUCCCAGCAUGCAGUUAGGGAGUAUGUCCAACCCACAAUCACGUUUACGAGACAUGUCGGGGCUCGUCGUCAUGGUGACUCUUAAUGCAGUGGCACUCUUGGCCAAUAGCGGAGUACUCGCCGUAGUAGUGAAAGUGCCCCAUCUCCGCAAGUUCAGUUUGGUGUGUCACCUCUGCAUCGUGGAUUUGCUUUGCGCCGCCCUCCUCAUGCCUCUCGGCAUCGUCUGCGGCUCGCCCUUCUUCGCCGGUGUCAUCUUUUCCGUGCUCGAAUGCAGAUUGUACAUAUUCCUCAAUGCCUUUCUCAUAUCUGCCUCUAUCUUUACAGUUACUGUGAUUAGUAUCGAACGCUACUUCUACAUCGUGCAUCCCAUGAGGUACGAGGCUAAAAUGACGCCUUGGUUAUCCGCAGCCGUGAUGGGACUUGUCUGGGUGGCGUCUACUUUGCUAGGACUUGCUACCGUCUUCGGAUGGCCCAGUUAUGGAAGUAGAAGCUCCAUUGCUGCAACACACUGCUCUCUCCAUUGGAGCCACAGCGGACAUCGACGAGUAUUUGCUAUUUUAUUCUGCACGGUUUGCUUUUGCGUGCCAGCUGCCAUUAUUAUUGCCGUCUAUGGGAAUGUCUAUAAAGUCGCCCACACGGCUGCCCGGGAAAGAGGGCCGAUCCCGAGCUGGACGAUGGAGACGGUUCAUCCGAAGCGUCGGUCCGAUUCCGUCAACAGCCAGACCACAAUCAUCACCACUAGCACGAGCAUCCGCAGAAAUCCAGUCCCUCGCAGGAAGAAGAGAACACUGGUUGGCGGGAAAGCAGCACUUACUUUAGCCAUCAUCGUGGGUCAGUUCCUGCUCUGCUGGCUGCCUUACUUUGCCUUCCACCUGCAUCUGUCGCUGGGAUUCUCCCAUAGUACCUCUGAAGAAGCCGAGGGACCGGUCACCUGGCUGGCAUAUUCGACGUUCGCGGUAAACCCAUUUUUUUAUGGCCUACUGAACCGUCAGAUCAGGGAGGAGCUGUGUAAGAUGCUCUUGUGUUGCCGAUCAGCCGGCAGGCCAGUGCGGCCCUCGGUGUCGGCCCACGAACGUUCAGGGCAAGAAGACUUUUUUCAUUUUCUGCACAGGAACGGUGACAGGGACGGGGUUAGAUGCAGCUACCACAUGGCUACACAGAGGAGCACGCUGGACCAGACUAGUUUUAGGAUACCUGGGCAAAUACCAGAAGAGAUUACCUAAAAUAUUCAUGAGAUUUUCAUGACAUUGAGGAGUUACUCAAAAACAUUCAAAUUCUCAAAUUUGGAGUCAUAAUCAUUCUUUUUUGUAAUGCAUUUUUAUUACUUUACAAAUGAUGGUUUUAGCACUUUUCAGCUUUGCUUUAAAGAUUCUCCCUGUCUGUUUUCUAAAGUGAAAGUGAUGUGUAGCCAAGUGUGGUGUCCCAUAUUCGGAAUUUGUGCUCUGCAUUU